AUGACCAUUGCCUACCCGCAGGAAGCUGCCUCGCCCCAUGCACGUGACCAAGAGGACACCAGCCUAGAGCUGCCAGCGUCCACGGCCGCAUCGUCUCCUCCGUACGCAAACGGUGUUUGGCACGACGACGUCUCCAGCCCGGCAGCUGGCUAUGCGGGUGGUCAAGUAUACGGCAUGGCCCAAGCCAACACCCACGUCCUCAACCCCAGCGCCAGACCGUUCCAAACACAGCAACCAGCACAUCUUGUCGACACCCAGCUCUUCCCCUCCCCCGGUCAGAGUCUCUCCUCCAGUCAAGGUCUCUCCCCCGGCCAAGGUCCCUUCCCCAGUCAAGGUCUCUCCUCCGGUCAAGGUGUCUCUUCCGAUCAAAGUGUCUCCCCCGGUCAAGUUACCUUCUACAGCCCAGGUCCCUCUGCCAGUCAAAGCCACACCCAAGCCGUGAUAUUACCCCCGACAAGCAACUACCGAGGAGACCCGAACACACCCGAAAACCAAUGCGCCGACAUCCCCUCAGACCAGAACGUAUCCCGCUUCGUCGCGGGCCUGCCGCCAAACUGUACCAUCAACAUGCUGCUCGGCAGCAUCCGCGAAAUCGGCAAGGUUUAUUCGUCUAAUAUGGUCCCGCCCGACAGCAGCUUUGGUUACUCCACGGCCGGCGCCAAGAUAGUCUUCUGGGACCGCGCGGGGGCGCACCGCCUCGACGACUUGUGGGGGCAGGGGGACUGGUAUGUCGGCACCUAUAUGCUGAUCCUGCGGCCCAAUCGCAUCCGCAUGGCCGAGCACGUGGCGUCGAGGUGCUCGCGGGUCCUCGUACUCCACGGUCCGAGCUGCAUCGUUGAUCGACACUACCUAACAGCGUUUUUCCAACGGUUGUUCACAUUCGAUAUGAACGAUGUUGUCGUGAUAAUUGAGGACCAGGUGCACAAGGUGCGCAAGCUCGAGUACCGCUUCGCCUCAUAUCGGUGCCAGGCCCAGUUCGCGGAAAAGUGGUGUCGGGAGGCUAAGCACGGCCGCCAGAUCCCGUGGGCGCCGAUGUCGCUGGUGGAGCGGCAGGCCUGGAGGCAGGUCAAGAUCUCUUGGGGAAGCGACCCUUGCGCCUGA